UCAUGGUUCAUAUAACGGUUCUUCUGGUUUCUCCUAUCCAGUUCCUUGACCUGGGCCCCAUCGACCUUUUCGCCAUGCUCCGCCGUUCCUACUUCGAAGCCUGCAACCUGCCCUCCCCACUGUUAAACGUUGCGCUGCCCGAUGAGGAUUUCCAGAUUUCCUACGUCGUUUCUCCUCCCCUUGAAGAGGGCGAAGGCGUGAACGCAGACAAUGGCGAAGGGAAUGCAGAGACUAAAAGGAUUAACGCCGAUGAAUUACGUACAUGCGAUACAACUGCCUCUGUAUCAUUGGUCUCCACACAUGCCUUGACCUCUCUAGCGGUCGCACCAGGCAAAGUCGAUAUCCUCCUGAUCCCCGGUCCCCCGCCAGGUACACGACCCAGCGCUGCAACAUGCAAGUGGGUACAAGCCCAUGUGGAGGAGGGGAAGGUAGAUCUACUUACCGUCUGCUCGGGAGUCUAUGUAGCGGGAUUUUCGGGGGUUCUAGAGGGAAAGAAGGCGACGGGGACAAGAGGAGUCAUGGACGAUUUGAAGAAGUCAUUCCCGGGAACCGAGUGGUAUGAGGACAGGAGGUGGAUGAUUGAUAAUGGGGGAAAGCUGUGGACAAGUGGGGGUAUCACGAACGGUAUGGACAUGGUAGCUGUGUAUCUUCGCAAGAGGUGGCCAGGCGUGUUGAGCGAUACGGUUUUGGCCAUGGCUGACGUAGAAGUUCGACCACAACUUUACGGACAAAGCAAAGCAGGAUGGAUGGGUUAUUUUGGUUGGUUGGUUGUCCGCGCCUGGGUAGGGGGAUUUAUGCCGAAAAAAGGGUCGGGCGCCUCGGGUACCCGUCAUUGUUGUCACUGA